CUGGGAGCGCGGACCCCCGCUGUACGGCGGAGCCUCGGUCAAGAUGGCCGCGCCCGGCCGCGAUACCCAGGGGCGCCGCCAUGGCAGCCGCGGGACCCGCUGAGGCCGCUCUUCCAGCCGCCGCCAUGUCGGCCUCCGCCUGCGAGCGGAUCCUCACAAAGCGGGAGAGCCUGGGCGGGAGGAAGAGCGCAGGGAAAGUCGAAGGGGCCGGGUGUCCUGCGGAGAUGGCUGUGUCCGAGCCGGCGGGCAGCGCCGCGGGAUCGGUAACAUUCAAAGAUGUGACUAUGGCCUUUACCCAGAAGGAGUGGGAGCGACUAGAUCCUGCUCAGAGGGACCUAUAUAAGGAUGUGAUGCUGGAGAACUACAGCAACCUUGCCUCAAUGGGGUUUCAAGCUCCCAAACCAGACAUGAUCUCCAAGCUGGAAAAAGGAGAAGAGCCGUGGUUGGGGAAGGGCAAAAGACCCAGACAGGGCGGUCCCAGUGAAAUAGCAAGACCCAAGCAAACAAGAACCAAUGGAAAUGAAGUCCAGCAAGGUAAUGACCAGCUAGAGAACCACCAGGAAUCUCAAAACAAACUCUGUAAGGAAGUUGCAUUCAAGAGAAAAGGUCUGACUAAGAAGAAAGGCCAUGAAUGUAGUUCACUGGGGGAAAAAAGUGUGAGUACAAAACAUGUUCCGUCAAAAAAAAGGCUUAAAUUUGAUUCACAUGGAAAGAGUUUGAAACAGAAUUCAGAUUUACCUGGUCAUAUAAGAAACUAUGCAAAAAAGAAACCUAAUGUAGCUAAAGAGCCCAAGAAAUCAUUCAGCCAUAGCUUACCUGAUACAAAGAAAGUCAAAAAUCAAGCUGGAAAGAAACAAAAAUUAUCCAACCAUAGCUUAUCUGAUAAGCAUGACAAAACUCAAGCUGGCAAGAAACAUGAGAAAUUAGCUCAUCAUAGCUUAUCCGAUACUAAACGGGACAGAAUUCAAACUGGAGAGAAACAUGAGAAAUCAUCCAGCCAUAGCUCAUCUCCUACUAAGUGUGACAAAACUCAAGCUAAAGCAAAACCCUACGAAUGUAAUCAAUGUGGGAAGGUUCUCAGCCAUAAACAAGGACUCAUUGACCAUCAGAGAAUUCAUACUGGAGAGAAACCCUAUGAAUGUAAUGAAUGUGGGAUAGCCUUUAGCCAAAAGUCACACCUCAUUGUACAUCAAAGAACUCACACUGGAGAAAAACCAUAUGAAUGUAUUCAGUGUGGCAAAGCCCACAGUCAUAAACAUGCUCUCACUGACCAUCUGAGAGUUCAUACUGGGGAAAAACCCUAUAAAUGUACUGAAUGUGGGAAAACCUUUAGACACAGCUCAAACCUUAUUCAACAUGUGAGAUCUCAUACAGGUGAGAAGCCCUAUGAAUGUAAGGAAUGUGGAAAAUCCUUUAGAUAUAACUCAUCUCUUACAGAGCAUGUGAGAACUCAUACAGGGGAAAUACCAUAUGAAUGUAAUGAAUGUGGAAAGGCUUUUAAGUAUAGCUCAUCUCUUACUAAACAUAUGAGAAUUCAUACAGGUGAGAAGCCCUUUGAAUGUAAUGAAUGUGGGAAAGCUUUCAGCAAGAAGUCACACCUCAUUAUACAUCAAAGAACUCAUACUAAGGAGAAGCCCUAUAAAUGCAAUGAAUGUGGAAAAGCAUUUGGACAUAGCUCUUCUCUUACUUACCACAUGAGAACUCAUACAGGUGAAAGUCCUUUUGAAUGUGGUCAAUGUGGGAAGGCCUUCAAACAGAUUGAAGGCCUUACUCAACAUCAGAGAGUUCACACUGGGGAGAAACCCUUUGAAUGUAAGGAAUGUGGGAAAGCUUUUAGCCAAAAGUCGCACCUCAUUGUACAUCAGAGAACUCAUACUGGGGAGAAACCUUUUGAAUGUAAUGAAUGUGGAAAGGCUUUCAAUGUGAAGUCACAGCUUGUUAUACAUCAGAGAUCCCACACUGGAGAGAAACCCUACGAAUGUAAUGAAUGUGGAAAAGCUUUCAAACAAAAUGCAUCCCUUACCAAACAUGUGAAAACUCAUUCAGAAGAAAAAUCUCAUGAGUGAACUAAACGUGGGAAAUCAAAUGAAAUGCAUCCCUUACCAAACACGUGAAAACUCAUUCAGAAGAAAAUCUCAUGAGUAAAAUAAAUGUGGGAAAUCUUUUAAUUCAAGCUAAAGGUUUUAUUUAACCUUAGUAGGAUUCUGAAUUUUAAGGAUGUUAGAAAGCAUUUAAUCAGAAGUCACACCUAAUUACACCUGAGAGAAUUUGAAAGUGAAUCUUAUGUAGUAGCAAUGGAUGAUACCAACCUUUUAUAAAAAAAACAUUGUUUUAAAAAUAAUCAUUAAUUAUUUAUAUAUUCAGACCCAAAUAUAAAGCUUUAAAAAUCAUUAAUUAGCUGAAAAAUCAGAGCAAUAGAGAAACAAAUUACAUAUGCUGACAAUUCCUAAGUUGCUUGAGUGGAUGUACAUAUAUGAGAAUUGAAUUUGCAUAUCUGUUAAUUUCCAUGUAUAAGUGUGUCUGGCCACUGGUAUGAGCCUCAUCUUUGAUAUUAUCACCUAACCCUUUUUUAAUGUCUUGUUAGCUUCUACAUCAGCUGGAAAGUUUCUAAGAGUUAUUUAUGUAAAAAAUAGUAACACAAAAUUAAGAAAAAAAUAAAAGCCACUGAGGAUAGGGACAUCAUUCUCUACCAGCACCAGUGUAUUGUUAAGUGAAAAAAGCAGUUGCUGAACUGU